UUCACCCGCGCGCCCAUAUCUCCCUUCUUCCUCCUCCCCCCUUCCAUCCCCGCUCCGCCACCCCGCCCCGCCCCCCUGCCGCAUGGCGCUCGCGCGAACCGUCCCGCUCCCGCAGCUCGCUUCGGCCUCGCCCCUCCGCGGACACCGCCGCUGCCGCCUCCUCCUCCUCCCCGCAAUGCCGCAGGCGCGCGGGGUCGCCUGCCGCGCCGCGACGACGACGCCGGCGGCGGUGGCGUCGGUGGGCGUCGGGGAGGACCUGCCCGAGGGGUACGAGCAGAUGAUGCCGACCGUGGAGGCGUCCCAGCGGCGCCGCGCGGGGGUUCUGCUGCACCCGACGUCGCUCCGCGGCCCGCACGGCAUCGGCGACCUCGGCGACGAGGCCCUCGCGUUCCUCGACUGGCUCCACGGCGCCGGGUGCACGCUCUGGCAGGUUCUUCCACUUGUUCCCCCGGGAAGAAAAUCCGGGGAGGAUGGUUCUCCUUAUUCAGGACAGGAUGCAAACUGUGGUAGUACCUUAUUGAUUUCUCUCGAAGAGCUUGUUAAAGAUGGGCUGUUGAUGGAAGACGAACUUCCUGAUCCUUUAGAUAUGGAAUAUGUUGAAUUUGACACCGUUGCUAAUCUGAAAGAACCUCUUAUUGCCAAGGCAGCAGAGAGGCUACUACAGAGCCCUGGAGAGCUCAGAAGGCAGUAUGACGAAUUCAAGAAAAAUCCAGAUGUUUCAGGUUGGCUUGAAGAUGCUGCACUUUUCGCUGCUAUCGACAAUAGCAUCAAUGCAGUGUCCUGGUCUGAGUGGCCUGAACCGCUGAAAGAUCGCCAUCCUGGAGCCUUGAAAGAUAUAUAUGAAAACCAGAAGGACUUUAUAGAAAAUUUUAUGGCACAACAGUUCUUAUUUGAAAAGCAAUGGAAACGGGUUCGUUCACAUGCACAGAAGCUUGGCAUCAGCAUAAUGGGUGACAUGCCAAUAUAUGUUGGCUACCACAGCGCAGAUGUUUGGGCAAACAGGAAAUCAUUUUUGCUGGACAAGAAUGGUUUCCCCACAUUUGUUAGUGGUGUUCCACCUGAUGCGUUCAGUAAAACUGGUCAGUUAUGGAACAGCCCAUUGUAUGACUGGAAAUCUAUGGAAGCAGAUGGCUUUGCAUGGUGGGUAAAGAGGAUUAAACGUGCCCUUGAUUUGUAUGAUGAGUUCCGUAUUGACCAUUUCCGCGGGCUUGCUGGUUUUUGGGCAGUUCCUUCGGGAUCAGAAGUAGCGAUGUUUGGAAGCUGGAGGGCUGGACCAAGGAAUGCCUUUUUUGAUGCGCUUUUCAAAGCUGUUGGUAGAAUAAAUAUAAUCGCAGAAGACCUGGGGGUGAUAACUGAAGAUGUUGUUGAGUUAAGGAAGUCUAUUGGGGCUCCGGGGAUGGCAGUUCUUCAGUUCGCUUUUGGUGGUGGUCCUGGCAACCCCCACUUACCUCAUAACCAUGAAUUGAAUCAAGUUGUAUACACUGGGACACAUGAUAAUGAUACAGCUGUUGGCUGGUGGCAAAGCUUACCAGAGGAAGAGAAGCAAACUGUGUUCAAGUAUCUACCGCAGGUCAGCAACUCGGAUGUCUCUUGGGCGCUAAUUGCUACUGCCCUCUCUUCCGUUGCGAGGACUUCCAUGGUAACCAUGCAGGACAUACUCAGCCUUGGCAGCUCUGCUAGGAUGAACACUCCAGCUACACAGAAAGGAAAUUGGAAAUGGAGGAUACCAAGCUGUGUCAGCUUUGACAGCCUUAGCCUCGAAGAAGCAAAGCUGAAGGAGUUGCUUACGCUGUACGGCCGGCUGUGAAUUUCUUGGUUCUUCAGCACCACUCCUGUGUUCUCUGUCUUUUCAGGCUCGGAACUGCCAGACGGUACUGCCAUAAACUAGCAGCCAAACAUGAAGGAUCUGGCUGCUAUUGUUCCGCGGGAUGUUGGCACCUGUCCCCGAAUAAUAGGGUUGUGUUGAUUGGUUGCAAAUUCACAUGCUUGAACUUGAAGCGUCUUGCAUGUCUACAACUUGUUUAUUAUGGUGUAUAUACAGUCCUAUGAUAAUAAAAUGGUAGUCCUUUAUUUUCC